UCCGGUUACACACUCUCGUGAAGAUGCCAGGAAUCACCGUCAAGGACGUCGAUCAAGACAAAGUUGUUCAGGGCGUUGCCCUGUUCCUGAAAAAAUCCGGUAAGCUAAAGGUACCGGAUUACAUCGACCUGAUCAAAACGGCCAAGUACAAGGAGCUGGCUCCCACCGAUCCGGAUUGGUUCUACGUACGCUGCGCGUCGAUUUUGCGCCGAUUGUACCACCAAAGCCCGUCGGGAGUUGGUUCGAUCACCCGCAUCUACGGUGGCCGAAAGCGUAACGGUGUUCGCCCAUCGCAUUUUUGCCGUGCUGACGGCAGUGCAGCUCGCAAGGCCGUUCAGGCUUUGGAACAGAUUAAGCUGAUCGAAAAGCAUCCCGAUGGUGGACGUAAGCUGACCAGCCAGGGACAGCGGGAUCUCGAUCGUAUCGCUGCACAGAUUGUCAGCAAACAGCGAGCUGCACUGAAGAAGGAGGCGGCAACAAUCGUGUUGACGUAGGUGUUUUCAUCAGUUAAUGAACGAUGUGAAAAUAUAAGUUAAUGAUUGAAAGG